CGCAGCCUUUAGUCUGCCUGGUCGUCCACAGCCUGUAACCCGCGGAUUUACAAUCAACUAUUGACGCAUCUUUUACCUAGGGAUAGCAUUCUUGCCCUUCGGUAAAUUUUCUAAGCAUGAGGUGAGUAAAUUUACUCACAAAAUACAGAACAACACGCAUAAUUAGCUCUCUGUUUUAGCGCACCAGUCUACGAUGAAAAUCUGCCUUGCAAGAUGGCGACGUGGUUGAGAAUUCAAAGGCGGCGUGUGUGUCCAAACAUGGUGUAGCCAAACUGCUGCAGUUGUGAAGAAGCUGCUGCUGCCCCAUUGCACUGAGCAGGAUGUCUAGCAGCUCGGGCUACCCCCCGACCCAGGGGGGCUUCAGCAGUGAGCAGAGCCGCUACCCGCCCCACAGUGUGCAGUACUCCUUCAGCAGACACCAGCAGGAGUUCCCAGUCCCAGACUAUCGGGCACACAUGCAGGACCCACAGGGGCGUCGGAGACCCUCUCUUCUGUCUGAGUUCCACCCUGCGCCAGAGCGGCCUCCGGAGAGACGCCAUGGUUACGAGCAGCAGUUUCCCUCCGUCACUGCCCAGCCUGAACACGAGGCGCUGGAGGCUAAACGGCCGCGCAUGGAGACCAUCAAUGAAACCCACAUAACCCGCACCCCCCCAACUUCCGGGGGCAUGGUGCUCCAAAUGCCCCACACCAUACAGGACAGCCUAAGGGCCACUGUGGAAGUUAAAAAGGAGUCUCAAUAUACUGUUAAAGUAGAGGCGUCCCCAGGUGGACCCAGCCUUCAUCUUGGUGAGGACACAGACACGUCUCCCUCUAAACUCUCAAAGGAGGAGCUGAUCCAGAGUAUGGACCGUGUAGACAGAGAGAUCGCUAAAGUGGAGCAACAGAUUUUCAAGCUCAAGAAAAAACAGCAACAACUGGAGGAGGAGGCAGCAAAGCCAGUGGAGCCGGAGAAGCCCGUGACUCCUCCCCCUGUAGAACACAAACACCGCAGCAUCGUCCAGAUCAUCUACGACGAGAACAGGAAAAAAGCAGAAGAAGCCCACAAAAUCCUGGAAGGCCUUGGUCCCAAAGUUGAGCUGCCCCUGUACAAUCAACCGUCAGACACAAAAGUUUAUCACGACAACAUCAAGACCAACCAAGUGAUGAGGAAGAAGCUGAUUCUGUUUUUUAAGAGGCGAAACCAUGCUCGUAAGCAAAGGGAACAGAAGAUCUGCCAGCGCUAUGACCAGCUAAUGGAGGCCUGGGAGAAGAAGGUGGAGCGGAUGGAAAACAACCCUAGAAGAAAGGCCAAAGAAAGCAGAACACGCGAGUACUACGAAAGACAGUUCCCCGAGAUCCGCAAGCAGAGGGAGCAGCAAGAAAGAUUUCAGAGGUAAAGACAUCCUGUAUAUGGCCAAAUGAAUGACGUGCAUUUUUGUUUAUAAUUGAAUUGAAGGAAGGACGAUUAACAAUGCUCCGAUACAGCCGAUAUCACAACUUAUAUGCAUAUUUUGGACAGUUUGUGCAUUAAGAUAAUUUCUUCCAUAAUCAAUUUUAUGCCAUUAUCGUGCAGCCAAUAAAAAUCUGUUUUAUCUGUCAUAAGUUUAUAUCUCUUGUAACUUAACACCAAACUGGAUAGUGGCCAUUAUUGGGAAUAAAAGGAAUUAAGAUGAAUAAUGCUCUAGAGUAGUGGUUAGGGUUAGGGUUGGUUGGACUGCUCUUCAAUAACUGGGUUUGCCUGAAUUAAUCCACUUUUUGUCCUCCUUUGGAUAAUUUGUUGUUUAUGACUAUAUGAACUGAUGCACUUCAUUUUUGGCCGGGUUUAGCCUUAGAUUAGACUUGGAAUAGUCCUGUUAUGUGGCCAAAUUUACUCUUUGGUGGAGAAGUUUGAGAGCCAAUAGAAUAUUUGUCUGUAUUUGUAGUAGCCUGGUUUGUGCAGUGAACUGCACGGUUGACGAUGGGGUCAGGGUCCACUGUCUGUAUCAUUGAGAUUCAGUGAAGGGAGGUCAGCAAACAGGUCUACGAAGAGGAAGUACAUUAUGACCAGUUAGUCAAUGAUUUACAUGACUAAUGCUCUUUUAAUUGAUUAUACUAUAUAAAGGGAUUAUCAGACUACAUGGAUUCUACCUGGACAACUGAGGGAUUUUUCACACAUUAUCAGACUGCGUCACUGCGCAUGUCUUCUGCAGAAAGAGUUGCUGUCCUGUCUGGUAUCACAUCUGUCUUGUAGGAUUUCAGCAGAUUUCAGGCUCUCAAAGGGUCGGGGCUAGUUGUAUCGAUCAGGUAUGAGUGGAUGUCCAAAUACAGAAAUUUUAGCCUUUUCUUCUCGUCAUUUACGCACUCACCUGCAUUUAACGUAUAUGGGCCACUAACAUGUAUCCCACUCACUAAUGUUAAUUUAGCAUCAUAACUUAUUUUAUCACACGUCGAUAAACUGUUUUAGUGCUGACAACAGCGCUAGCUCAUGU